GGGACAGGGUGUGACAGUGUUACGCUUCCCCCUCAGGGUGACGUGUGCACCUAUCCUCCGCCCACUCUCUGUGUUGGGACUUGCAGCAGCUGUCAGUACAGAAAGUCUCAGGCGGCACUUUGUUGGGGUGCUGAGAUACUAUCAGGAGUUCCACAGCCCCUAGGACCCCUGUUACCCGUCCAGGAGCAUGGUGCUGAUUACUGAUGUGCCCAGUGACCUGACGCUGCAGGAGCGAGAGGAACUGGAGAACAUCCAGCGUCGGAAACAGAAGCUGCUGGAAGAUAUUCAGCGACUUAAGGAAGAAAUAGCAGAAGUUACUAAUGAAAUUGAAAAUUUGGGAUCACUGGAAGAGAGGAAAAACCUGCAAAAGAAUAAACAAGUUGCAAUGGGAAGAAAGAAAUUCAACAUGGACCCAAAGAAGGGCAUCCAGUUCCUGAUUGCGAAUGAGCUGUUGACGAAUACUUGUGAGAGCAUUGCUCAGUUCUUGUACAAAGGAGAAGGACUGAACAAAACCGCCAUUGGAGACUACUUGGGAGAACGAGAUGACUUCAACAUCCGUAUACUUCAUGCGUUUGUGGAGCUUCAUGAAUUUAUGGACCUGAACUUGGUGCAGGCACUUCGACAGUUCUUGUGGAGCUUUCGCUUGCCAGGAGAGGCCCAGAAGAUUGAUCGCAUGAUGGAAGCAUUUGCUCAACGUUACUGUCAGUGUAAUCCCGGAGUCUUUCAGUCCACAGACACAUGCUACGUAUUAUCUUUUGCUAUUAUCAUGUUGAAUACGAGUUUGCACAAUCCCAAUGUCAAGGACAAACCAAAUGUAGAUCGAUUUAUAUCUAUGAACCGUGGCAUCAAUGAUGGAGGUGACCUACCUGAGGACCUGCUGAGAAAUCUAUACGACAGUAUAAAGAAUGAGCCAUUUAAGAUUCCAGAGGAUGAUGGAAAUGACCUAACGCACACCUUCUUCAACCCAGAUCGCGAGGGCUGGCUAUUGAAAAUGGGAGGAGGUCGCGUCAAGACAUGGAAAAGACGUUGGUUCAUUCUGACUGACAAUUGUCUAUACUAUUUUGAGUACACAACGGACAAGGAGCCACGUGGAAUAAUACCUCUAGAAAACCUGAGCAUCCGGGAGGUUGAAGAUUCUAAGAAACCUAACUGUUUUGAGCUGUUCAUACCAGACAACAAGGACCAAGUAAUUAAAGCUUGCAAGACAGAGGCGGAUGGUAGAGUGGUGGAGGGGAAUCACACAGUGUAUCGGAUAUCUGCACCUACACAAGAAGAGAAGGAUGAGUGGAUAAAAAGUAUAAAAGCUGCCAUUAGCAGAGACCCAUUCUAUGAAAUGCUGGCUGCCCGAAAGAAGAAGGUUUCCUCAACCAGAAGACAUUAAAUUAUUUUGCCAUGAACUUGGAUCUCAACUACAUGGGAUUGGAAAGUGUACUUUUAACCAGUGAAUUUAGAAAAAAUGUAAAUGUUUCAUCUUUCUAGCCAUUUAGAUGUUCUCAUAAUGCUAUAAUAAUAAAUGGUACUAAUACAAAGUUUUAUGCAGAGAUAAAAUGCAGACUACCUGGGUUCUGGCCAACCCUUGCUAAAACUAAUUAAAGCUGAACAUUUUGUUGUGUAUUUAAAUAAGGUAAUGUAGGCAGACUAUGUGGGUCUCCUCCUCUCUUGUCAUUGCAGUAGACUGACUUUGUUCCAAUAUCUACUGUGCAUGCACAGGUCUCCAGGAAUAUGGCUGCUGCGCCAUUUUCCCAGUGAUUUCUGCUGCUCCAUGUAGUAGGCCAGUGUGGAGUAUAUUAUAUGGGUGUAGGUGACUGCACAUCUUGCACCCAUUAUAGAUAUGACAAUGCUAGGUAUCUGUUUUGGGGCAGAUUAGAUAACGUACUUUGCCAAUCCCCCUUUACGAAAUCAUCCUAGUAACAGUGACAAGUGAUACAGGACACACAGAUUGUCUAUUUUCAACUUUUGGAAUAGAUACAUUCUAAAAACAAUCCGUUCCAAAAAGUUGCGUCCUGAAAUAUUGUCAUUACGUGGGUUUGUCCCCUUCCUACAUAUUUAUUUUUCUAAGUAUUUUUCCUUUUAUAGCUGGUACUAUUUUCAGUGUUUGUAAAUUGUUAAAUGUAAUAUAAGAAGAAGUGUUUUGGUGAGGGUGUCUGUUGUUCUGUGCGAUGCCCUAUUGUUGCAUUUCAUUUUUAGCAGAGUUUUUAUAAACAAAGUUAUAAGGUCACUGUUUAAAACUAUAACUUUGUCAGUGGGACACAUGUAUUUGUUUAGCAUGUCAGUUUUUAGGGCAAAGAAGAGACAAUUUGGAAGUCCAGAGAAGGCUUCUUGCCACCGCCAAGCUGUACACGCAACUUCUGUAAGAAGAGCAGCCUAUGCUGGCGUGGCCGUGUGGAAUAACUGGAAGCUUAGCUCACGGGAAUCUGCCACUGCUGUACAGCCCCCUCUCUGCGCCCUUGUCAGUAUGUAGCGGGUAAUUGUGUGGAAAUCUAUUAAGAUGCAUGUAAACUUUAGUCAUAAUUUAUAGUUCUAAACAAAUUGCUGCUUUUGUUUUUGUAAAAUAACAAAGAUUAAACUGUAGUCCGUAAAUAA